UUUAUGAGUUUUUCUUUGUUUAAUAAUUGCGCUCGUCCAUCUGAUAUUCAAUGAUUUUGGACGGACGUCUGUUUUUAACAUUAUGUGACCGUUUAAUGUUACAAAAAUAAUUGCAACGAAAUAUUUUUCUGAACAAAUUCGAGAGCUGCACAUUUGCGAAUCGUAAAUACUUGUGAAACAGGCUCCAUUUAAUUAAUGAAUUAUAGCGAUUGGUUGAUACUAAACGUCUAACCUGACAAAGUUGCAGGUCAAAAUCGAAAUGGCCAAUCACGGGUAUUUUUCGUGAAUUUUCUUCAUUUCUCGUGCUAUUUUAACGUAAAUACAUUUUCUUGAGCAUGUUUUUGGAACCUGAACUGUUGUUAAUAAUAAGAAGUUAUUUAAAAAUUUAGCGGGCCCUUAAGAAAGAAUCAUUAAGUCUUGUUAUUUUAGAGAAAAAAUAAUUCAUAAUACUUAGUGACAAGGUGUAUAUUUGUAUAUAAAUACAAUGGAUCUUGAAGAAGAAAGAAGCGAAUCGGAAGAAGAGCAUGAGAAGUCUAGAAGUCGUUCGAUAGAUUCUCAUAGAUCCAGUAGAAGUAGAUCUAAGUCAAACUCUACCAGUCGUUCACCCAGAUCCAAUCAAUCUUCGCCUGUACAACCACGAUCACCAGCUUCCGUUCAUUCCAAUGCUAACUCUAGAAAAUCAUACUCUAGAUCGCCUUCGCGAUCACCAUCUCGAAAUCGAUCUGCAUCACCCGCUUCCGUUAAAAAUCAGAGAUCGUCUAGAUCCAGUUCAAAAUCUGGGGGCAGGAGAAGCACUUCGAAAUCGCCAUCCAAAUCGCCAUCCAAAUCGCCAUCCAAGUCGCCUUCCAAGUCUCCUUCACCCGAACAAGAUGGAAAAAUUGUACAAAGUGAAUCGCAAUCACCGCGUUCAGUACGUUCAGCGAAAUCACGAUCGAGAUCAAGGAGUUCGUCGGCCGCGGAGUCUAGGAAAAGUUCUAAUCCACCAUCACGGCAGAAUUCACGAUCCAGAUCCAGAUCGACUUCCGCUAAACGGAGUAACCCACCGUCUAGAUCUCCUUCGCCUUCUGUUCGUUCAAAAUCACGCUCCCGAUCACAUUCUCGGUCCCCUUUUGGUUCACCAAAAGCGGCUGCCAGAUCUCGUUCUCAAUCAGGCUCGCGAGAAUCUUCUCCAGCUCGAUCUCGUUCCCAUUCAGAAAGUCCUCAUCGGAAAUCCCACAGUAGGUCUCGAUCUCCUUCCGUCGACAAAAAGGGUUCGCGUUCUCCGUCGCGGUCUCCAUCACCAUCUCCAUCUCGCGUCAAAACGUCCCGAUCCCGUUCACGAUCGAAAUCUCCUUCGGUAGAUAAUUUAAGGAAGGAUGCACCCGAUUCUCCAAAAAGUUCCCACUCGAAAUCACCUGCGACUUACGAAGAUGGAAAACAUAAAUCAAGAUCGCGGUCUAGAUCUGGCUCAGCAUCAAGAAAAACUCCACCUACAGCCUCUCGAGCAGGAACUUUGUCUAGAUCACCAUCCGCGGAGCCUAAGGUACCGUCGCGAUCAAAGUCGAGGACACCGUCGGGUUCAAGACAAGGAUCUAGAUCACGGUCCAGGUCGGGUUCAAGAAAGUCGAUUUCAAGAUCAAAAUCAAGAUCAAAAUCAAGAUCGGUCUCGGGAUCACGGAAAGGAUCACAGUCCCCUGGUUCAAGGAAAAGUUCUCGUUCUCGAUCGAGGUCCAGCUCGAAGUCAUCAAAGUCAAGAUCUAGAUCUCGUUCUAGCUCGAAAGCUUCGCGUUCCAGAUCGCGUUCGGGAUCGCGAUCAAAGUCAAGAUCAAGAUCCAAAUCAAGAUCUCGUUCGAAAUCGAAAUCGAAGUCCCGUUCAAGAUCUCGAUCAGGUUCACGGUCAAAGUCAAGAUCCCGUUCAAAAUCGCGAUCGCGUUCGAAAUCCCGUUCGCGUUCGCGAUCGCGAUCGGGAUCGGCAGCUGGGUCUAGGCACUCUUCCCGAUCGAGGUCGAGGUCACGUUCGAUAUCGAAAUCUAGAAGAUCAAGAAGUCGCAGUGAGGAUUCUGAAGGUGCUGUUAAAAAGAGGAACAGAGUUCUCUCAGAUUCCGAAGAGGAGGAUGACGGAGUUAAGGCAAUAAAAAAAUCGAAGCAUGGUUUGUCUGAUUCUGAAAACGAAGGCAACGAUGAAGCAGCAGAGAAAAAGAAGGGUGAAGAUGAACAGGAAGAGGAAGAACAAGAAGCAGGGAAUAAAGAAAUCGAAGAUACUGUAAACAUUGAACAGCAGGAAAAUGAAGAUUCCGAUGAUGGUGUAAUCGCAGAUGGAGGAAUGAGUAGCAGAUAUCUGGACGAUGCUUUGUCGGAUUUCGAUCGUAUGUUGGCCCGUAAAAAAGAAGAACAAUCACGAAGACGAAAAAGAAAAGAUAUUGAUAUAAUUAAUGAUAACGAUGAUAUUAUAGCACAGCUUUUAUCCGAUAUGAGAACUGCAUCGGAAGAAGACAGAAAAUUAAAUCAACAAAAUAAACCUGCCACUAACAAAAUAGCUAUGUUGCCGAAAGUCCUGUCACAGCUAAAAAAGCAUGACCUACAAUUGGCGUUUUUAGAACAUAAUGUAUUAACAGUUUUAACUGAUUGGUUAGCCCCGAUGCCUGAUCGAUCUUUACCUUCUUUAAAAAUUCGUGAUAGUCUUUUGAAGCUUUUGUGGGAAUUUCCAAGAAUAGAUCAGUCUUCCUUGAAACAGUCAGGCAUUGGCAAAGCUGUUAUGUAUCUUUAUAAACAUCCGAAAGAAACUAAAGAAAACAAAGAACGCGCUGGUAAAUUAAUUAAUGAAUGGGCUCGCCCUAUAUUUAAUCUGUCGGCCGACUUCAAAGCUUUAUCGAAAGAGGAGAGAAUGCAAAGGGAUUUAGAACAAACACCUCAAAAAAGAAGGAAAACUGAAGAUGGAGGAUCUUCUCAGAAGUCGCAAGAUAUAAAUAAAGCUCUAAAAGGAGAUGCCAAACCUUUAAGACCUGGAGAUCCUGGAUGGGUUGGAAGAGCCAGAGUUCCUAGACCUUCAAAUAAAGAUUACGUUGUAAGACCGGACUGGAAGUCUGAUGUUGAUAUUAGCAGGAGCUCCAAGAAACAAAUGAAUAGAUUUGAAAGGCAUAUGAAAAACUACAUAGAUAAUAAAAGGAUGAAAGGACCGAGAAGGGCUGUGGAUAUAUCUAUUGAAGGACGCAAAAUGUCCUUGUAAUAGCAACACAUUUCGAUCUAUACAUGACGAAUAUUAUAUAUAAUUUACAAGAACUGUACGAGCGUAUAUAAAAGCCUGCAUUAUCUCAACAUUAAGUUACGACACUCUAUAGAAUUGUAACUACAAUUAUGCUCAAUAAAAGUUGGACAACAAUUG